ACUUGAUUUACCAAUAAGCUGGCGCUGUCGGCGCACGGAGCUGGAGUAUACCCACCGAUCUUCGUUUCCUUUGUCUCGAAUUUGAGUUUUUUUCUGGUUGUGGGAUAAUGAUGAGUUAGCAGCAUGAGUGAUCUAUUUAUUUUGUUUCAAUUGGUCAUGCCUCGGCUUUGCUGUGUCAUUUGCGGAAUAUAUAAUUCUCGGGGUACAGUUUUCAGCUCGUUGCGGGACAGCUCGUACACGGAGGAGGUGGCCGAGGACUCGGAGGGCGUCGCCGGCGCAGCCGCCGCGCAAACCGAGCUCACAGCGCUCCGAGCUGUCAAAACUCCGAGCUGGAGGAGGCCCCUGCAGAGGAGCCGCUGCCGAAGGUACCGGCCGCUGCUGAUGACCCGAGCAGGCGUCCCCGACGACGAGCAGGACGAACGGCAGGUGGCGCCGCUGGAGGAGCACCACGUCAACGAGUCCUUCAUGCGGUACGGUACGCUGCCCAAAGGCGCGCACAUCGGCGCCUUCCUGGACUCGCUGCGGGAGAGCGGUUUGCGCGGCAGUGCGGAGGGUGGCGAGGCGGCCGCGGGAGCGGCAGGCGAGGCCCGCGCGCUGCGCAGUCACACGGAAGCAGAGGGCGUGCGGCCGCCGGCCUCCGCCGCCGCCGCCAAGAAGCCCUCAGCCAUGGUGCGGUCCAACUCGUCCAACAGUGAGUUUCAGAGACCGCGGCUGUCGCGGCUCAGUCCGCUAGUGUUUGCCGGCGCGGCGGGGACGGGGCCGGCGCGGAGUCGGCGACCGACCGGCGCCGGCCGUCGUCGCUCCAGAAACUGAAACCUGCCGAGCUGGGGUUUCCCCCGCCGCCGAUGGAACUGCCGCCUCCUGACGACAUCGAGGCCGACUUUAUCGUCGACCCGACGUUCCCGCCGCCGCCUGAGGGAUAACUGAGGGACAACUGGCCUGAGGGACCAGUUGUCGAGCGGCGGUCCCGUGAUGCCGCCGGCCACCCGGUGCCCAGUCCGCGCACGCAGCGCCGCGCCGAGUACUCGAGGCCGUCACCAGCUUCAAGUCAGCGCUUCGAAAAACGACAGGUCGACGGGACAGGCUCGAGCAGGCUGGCUCGGCCGUCGCCGCUGCCUCUACCGCCGCUGCUUCACAUCUGCCAAGCGCGGGACUCUCAAACCGCCGCCGCACCCGACCAGCGCGCCGCCGAUCGGCUGCAGCCGCUCGGCCGGCGCCGGCAGCUCGGCGGAGGCCGUGCGCGACCUGGCCGCGGCCGUGGAGCGCAGCCAGGGCGCGCUGGAGGCAUCGUCCGCCUCCAGCGUGACGUGCAUGCAGCUGUCGGACAAGCUGGGCCUGCUGCUGACGGCGUGCGGCGCGCACGCUGGCCAGGUGCCGCCCACCGGCUGGCUCCGGUUCCGCGCCCUGCAGCGGCGCCUGGAGACGCACGCCGGCACUCUGCGCUCGGCCGGCGGGCGCGCAACAGCAGCGACGCCCAGCGGCUCUUAUCCAAACUAGCCAACACAGUGCGUGACAUGUUCAAUGUGGUGCAGCGAUGAGAGACCGGCGACUGCGCUGCCACGAGCUGCCCGCGCCGUUUGUUUUUGUGAUAUCUAAUAUCCAUUUUAUUGCGUUGACGGUGGCUCUUCUACGAUUUAGUGGAACCAGUGUGUGCGCGCCGCCUGCGGCCACCCGGUUGACAUUCCUUCCCGUCUCUGUCUCGUUUCUUAUAUACAGCAAUCGAAUGAGUUUUCAUGCGUAUCCUGUGUUUUGCGGAUGCGCAAAACACAGGGCGUAACAGGCCGCCGCCACAGCCUGUUACGCCUUAACUUAUGUGCUACACAAACAGUCAUCGUGAUCUUAUGAUACCCACAACCUACAUACCAACUGUUCUAACGAUGUGUACAGUAGGUCUAUUAAAAAAGUCCCCAGCACCA